AUGAGACUUCACACGGUCACCCACACGGAGAUCCUCCAACACUACCCUACUAAUAUGCCCUCUACAACGGCCAACAACAGCAAUGCUACUGCUACCACCACCGGCAGCUCACAAGCGAGAACCCCGCAAACCAUCGUUGUUGGGAGUCGAGUCAGUGACAGACCCACCAGAGUGCAUCCACAACCGCCAACAACACAACAACAGCAGCAACAAGACGAUGCCAUGACUAGCAAGGCCACACGACGCAUGCGCAUUGACCAAUCUGAAGCAACUACUGACAGAUCCACGUAUCGUCAAGAGAAAACGGUCCAUCCGUUCUCUCUUGGAGAUGUCUUUCGCACCAGCAUUGAAAUGCUCUCCCAAAUCAUACUGGCUGCCCAGCUCGUAUUUCUCUGUAUUUGA